AUCCCCCAAAUCCCCCCCAAAAUCCUCCCCAAAAUCCCCCAAAUCCCCCCCAAAAUCCUCAAAUUUUUCCCCAAAAUCCCUCCCAAAAUCUUCCUCAAAAUCCCAAUUUUUUCCCCCAAAAUCCCCCCCAAAAUCCCCCAAAUCUUCCCCAAAAUCCUCAAAUUUUUCCCCAAAAUCUUCCUCAAAAUCCCAGUUUUUUUCCCCCAAAUCCCCCCCAAAAUCCCAAUUUUUUUCCCCCAAAUCCCCAAAAUCUUCCCCAAAACCUUCCCCAAAAUCCCAAUUUUUUUUCCCAAAUUCCCUCCCAAAAUCCCCCCCAAAAUCCCCAAAAUUUUCCUCAAAAUCCCCCCCAAAAUCCCCAAAAUUUUCCUCAAAAUCCCCCCCAAAAUCCCAAUUUUUUUCCCCAAAUUCCCUCCCUAAAUCCCCAAAAUUUUCCUCAAAAUCCCCCCCAAAAUCCCAAUUUUUUUUCCCAAAUUCCCUCCCUCGAUCCCCCCAAAAAUCCCCAAAUUCCCUCUCAAAAUCCCCCCCAAAAUCCCAAUUUUUUUCCCCAAAAUCCCCCCCAAAAUCCCAAUUUUUUUCCCCAAAAUCCCAAUUUUUUUCCCCAAAAUCCCAAAAAUUCCCCCCAAAAUCCCCAAAUUCCCCCCGGGACCCCCCCCGGGGUGAGGAUGAGGAUGAGGAAGGAGGGGGCGGCUCCCAGUGACGUUACUGGGCUGUUCCUGAUGGACGAGGAGUGGGGGAGGGGUCCCGAGGACGACCCCGAGCCCGAAUCGGAGCCCGAGAGCCCCGACGAGAGCCCCCCCGAGGAAGGACCCCCCAAAUUUUGGGGGGUCCCCCCUGGCUCGGUCCCUGCCGGUGUCGGUGCCCAGCUGGGCCCUGAGAGCCCCCCAGGACCCCGAGGGGGCUCCGCACACAAGGCCCCCCCGGACCUGGAGCGAAUCGCGGCCUCCAUGAGAGCCCUGGCGCUGCGGGGAGGGGGCGACGGAACCGAAAUGUUUGGGGACCUCCCCCGACCCCGACUGCUGGCAGGAGACCCCCAGUGACCCCCAAAAAUCCAGUGGGGACCCCCAAAAAAUUCCCCAGAUCCAAAAGGGGGGAAAAAGGGGAAAAAACGGGGGGAAAAUGGGAAAAAAAGCGGAAAAAAAUGAAUUUUUGAGGAAAUUAUUGAAAAAAAAAUCCAAAAUUUAUGGGAAAAUCAGCCAAAAAAAAAGUUCAAAAAUCUACAGAAAAAUCAGAAAAAAUCCCAAAAUCUGUAGAAAAAUUGCCUUAAAAUGACCCCAAAAAAGGAACUAAAAUUGAAAGAAAAAUCCCUAAAAAAACCCCCAAAAUCUACAGAAAAGUCACCCAAAAAUCCCAAAUCUGCCCCAAAAAUCCCCCAAAAAUCCCAAAAUCUGCAGAAAAAUUCUCAAAUCCAAAAGGGGGAAAAAAGGGGAAAAAAUGGGGGGAAAGUGGGAAAAAAGCAAAAAAAAUGGGAAUUUUUGAGGAAAUGAUUGAAAAAAAUCUGUAGAAAAAUUGCCUUAAAAUGACCCCAAAAAAGGAACUGAAAUUGAAAGAAAAAUCCCAAAAAAAUCCCAAAAUUUACAGAAAAAUCCC